AUUAGCGAGCGAAGAUUCGUAUGGUGUUGGCGCGACAAAAACAUCGUGUUCGGGUAUGGGCGAUGUUCUUGUCUACAUUAAGGCGGGCGAAGAUUCGUGUCGAGUUGACGCGAUGCAUCGUGCCUUGUGCUGUUCAGUUUGUUGUGCGGAGACGUGGGCGGUAAAUUAAAAAUGGAGGAAAUAGUGGCUUUGCAUUAUAUGUCAGUAAAUUAUUAUUUAUUACAAUUGUACGAGUAUCAUUUACGAAAUAAUAUGAAAAAGAGAAGAAAGAGGAGAUGGUGGAUGACUAGUAUUCAUAGAAACCGAACGAUGUAAGUAUGCUAGAAAGUGAUCUCUACUUACCGCAGGGAGAUAGGCGUGAGUGCAUAUAAUAAUUUCACUUUAUUUUUCAGCACAGGCAUGGAAAGUAUGUUAUCUGACUUAACCGCAGAGUCCGGCAUGGAGUUCCCUGGAUUUUUACGUAUGUCAACAUCUGACUUUGAAAUACUACUACAAAAGCUCGCACCAAUAAUUACAAAAAAAGAUACGAAAUUCAGAAAAGCCAUUCCAGCUAAAGUGCGAUUGACAAUAACACUACGUUAUCUGGCGACAGGAGAUAAUUUUCGAAGCCUUCAUUAUCUUUUUAAAAUAUCUCAUCAACUCAUUUCCAAAAUAGUACAUGAAGUUUGUGCAAGUCUCUUGAUCGUUUUGAAAGACGAGGUUAAGCUGCCUGCUAAUGAACAAGAAUGGCUGCAAAAAGAAGCUGACUUUCAUGAUAUCUUUCCACAUUGUAUUGGAAGCAUUGAUGGCAAACAUGUUGUUAUUUUAUCACCAAAUCAUAGUGGAACUGAAUUUUACAAUUACAAGCAUACAUUCAGCAUUGUCCUCAUGGCUUUAGUGGAUAAGAAUUAUCGCUUCAUGUAUGCAGAUGUUGGUUGCCAAGGACGAAUUAGUGACGGUGGAGUAUUCAGAAACAGUUCAUUAUUCGUGAAACUAGAGAGAGGUGCUCUUCAUAUACCAGGUCUUUCUGCUCUUCCUGGUUCUGAUAUCAUCGUACCUUAUGUAUUUGUGGCGGAUAACGCGUUUCCAUUACAUACAAAUAUAAUGAAACCAUACCCAGGAGAUCAUCCACAAGGAAGUAUUAAAAGAAAAUUUAACACGCAACUGUCAAAAGCCCGUAUAGUAGUUGAAAAUGUAUUUGAAAUUAAGUCUUCCGUAUUUCGGGUACUCAGAAAGCCGAUAGCACUUCAACCAGAUCGCGCCUCUAAUGUUGUAAUGUCUUGUAUAUUACUACACAACUUCUUAAGAAACAGCACAUCAUCAAAUAAUAUAUAUAUACCACAAGGUUUUGCAGACACUAUUAUAGAUGGACAAGUAGUUGCAGGUACAUGGAGAAAUGAGCAACAAGAAGAUACUGCUUUGCGCUCUCUUCCGGCGGUAGCUAGACGGGGCGCUCUUUUACCAACACAGGUCAGGGAUCAGUUUGCCCAACAUUUUUUCACUGAAUAAAAUGUUUUUUUGUUAUUACUAUACUAAAUACUUACGUUUUAACACAGAGAAAAUAUCAUAUGCAAGUUUCAGUCUAUCAGUUUAUAAAUAAAUACAAGUUGAAAAUAAAU